AACUACAAGUAAGAAUCUGCAUGUUGUAAUCUCAUUUCGAUUGUACUUCUGAAUUCUCUAAGGUAUAACAUUAUAAACCUUAUAGGCCUACUAUAGACAGAAAGUAUGAUAUUUAAGACAGUAAAACAUGACUGAAUACAGUCACCUAUUUGAAUAUCUUACGUUCCCUGCACAGAAUAAGGCAGUAGACCCGCGGGUCACACGAUGGGCAUGGAGUAGCUGUGGAGGAACGACAGACCUGGUUGUCGUAGGUAACAUCACUGUGGCUCCGGAUCCCAUUAAACUGCCCGGGACAAUAACGGUCUCGGUGGCGGCAAAGAUCAAACAGGAUAUACCAGAUCCUAUAGAGGCUCAGCUAACAAUCCGGAAGAAACUUGGGAUUCUGUGGAUCACAAUCCCGUGUAUUGACAAUGUGGGAUCCUGUACUUACCCUGGCGUAUGCCAGAUGCUUGAAAAGGUUACCUGUCCAGCGCCAGUUGUCAGUAUAGGCCAGAACUGUCGCUGUCCUAUUAAACAGUCCGAUGGUUUCUACAUGCAGCCCAGUGAGUUUGUCAUCAACGCAGGAGGGGAUAUUCCUACGGGGGAUUACCAGAUAGAAGCCAAGGCUUCCCACAAUGGACAGUCAAUCACCUGCGUUAACAUCAGCUUUACCAUCGAGCACUGACACUAUGAUCUCCUGAAACACUUUAUAGACAGUCUGGGGUUGUGUAUAAAAUUUACCAUUCUUGAUAAAGCUGUCUUGGCUACUCCGUUGACCAUUCCAUUUCAGACCGAGGAUAAACCAAGAUGUGCGACAUAGGUCUAUAUAGUCAAUGGGUUAAAAACGUGUGGUUAAAAAUAUGGCAUCGAUUGUCAGCAAGAAGCAGAAUAACCACAUGCGGCUAAAACAUUUUUCGAAACCCGAAUAUAGCAAAAAGCAAACAGAAAAGCGAGGGGGAGUGGAUUUGUACAUGUUUAGCGUUUGGGAUCCGUUACAAGCCAAACUUUUAAGAGCAAAUGUUUAUUUCAGAUUUGAGAGUUAACUUCAGGAGAAACCACUACCUGUUAACAUUAUCGAUCACAAUUAAAAGAUCCGGGUGAUCAAACCUGUCCUUUACGAUGAAGUUUUCAUUUCUGAACAAAGGCCAACAUCACUUUCUGGAAUCAACCACUAGUAUAGCCUAUAACCACCAUGAGAUCUGGUUUGUAUGGGUGUCAUUUAGUUUAGGCAAAUUACAGGAAGUUACAUUAUCCACAAUUACUACAAAUCCAGUUAAGUCAUAUGCACAUGUAAUUCAUGACCCCACUGCGCACGUAUUACUGCUCCCUAGACUGUUUCACAAGCUUGGCGUACAACAGAAUUGCCAGCCAAGCAAUGCCAACGAUGUGGCAAUCUCCAUGACACACGAGUUGUCUUAAAUAGAUGGGUUAUAUAUGUACUGUAAAUAAACCUCUGUGAAUGCAUACAGCUGUUAUUAUUCCGUGUGCGUAUUUUGUUUGUAAACCUUUAUUUGUCUAUUACACAAAUACACGAUCAAAUUUGAGAGCUGUGCACAUUGAA